AUAUCAACGUGACGGGGUGUGAGGGGAUCAAGUCCCGGCUUGUGUUGUAAUAUGAAAUACGUGUCCGCUGGUGAAGUUUAGAGAAGUCUUUGUGUGGAUAGUUCCUCAGACACUUGCGGUGUUUUUGUCGCCCAAGCCUCAGAGCAGUGAUACCUAGCGCAUUCGGCUUGUUUCCUUCCUACAGAUACCGACAUUGCGUAUUAUAAUUAUUUCAGAUGAACAGAAUUCGAAUCCAUGUGCUGCCCAGCAGAGGCCGCCUGACUCCUGUUCCAAGGACCUAUGAAGCAUUGUCUUGUGGCUACACUCAACGGCCAUGCUCUCAGCCUCGCCUUGAAGGUUAUGAGUUCUGCAUUAAACACAUUCUAGAAGACAGAAAUGCACCAUACAAACAGUGCAGCUAUGUGUCCAGUAAGAACAGCCGACGCUGUAGUAGUGCCGCUCCUAAGCCAGACAAAAAGGAUGGUGUUUCUUUCUGCGCUGAGCAUGCACGUAGAAAUGCCCUAGCUCUUCAGGCUCAAAUUAAGAAGUCCAACCCAGGGCCAACCAGUGAGUCUUUAUUAUACCAGUUAAGCUCAUAUGCCCGAGGUGAUCUCGGUACCCAGUCCCAAGAAAGCAGCAGAAGCGAAGCCAGUCGCAUCCUUGAUGAGGACAGCUGCAGUGAUAGUGACCAUGAGGCUGUGACAGUGGAUCAGACCUGGAUGGGAGAUCUUGAUAGUGAAGCAGACAGCCUAGACAGUGAUCAGGAGGACCCACUCAAACAUGCAGGAAUUUACACUGCUGAAGAGGUGACCCUUAUAAUGCGUGAGAAGCUCAUUCGGCUUCAAUCUCUGUACAUUGAUCAGUUCAAGAGACUGCAGCACUUGCUUAAGGAAAAGAAAAGAAACUACUUGCACAGUGUAAAGACGGAGCAUGAAACCAUUGGGAGUAGUCUUCUCACUGGUCCGGAGGGACUCUCCUCUAAAGAGCGGGACAACCUGAAGAAACUGAAAGCGUUACGUCGCUAUAGAAAACGAUAUGGAGUGGAGGCUCUAUUACAUCGGCAGCUUAAAGAGCGCCGCAUGUUGGCCACGGAGGGGGGAUCCCAACAGGCUCACACGACAAGAUCAAGUCAACGUUGCCUUGCCUUUGUUGAAGAUGUACGUUGCUCUAAUCCAAGCCUUCCUAUGAGCAGACACUGCUUGUCACAUAUUUGUCAAGACAGUAACCAAGUUCUCUUCAAAAUGUGUGCGGGAUCCGAAGAAGUUCCUUGUAACAAACCCCUUCCAGUGAGCCUGUCUGAGGAGCCCUGCUGUCCUCUUCACUACAGUUUACCGUCACCAAUGUACAAGUCUGAGCCAGUACUGCCUGUGCCAGAAGCAAUGGAUGUGGCUCCUAUGGAGCUGUACCUGAGCGCGGCUGAGCUGCAGCCUUCUGAGAGCUUGCCUCUUGAGUUCAGUGAUGACCUUGAUGUUGUAGGUGAUGGCAUGCAGUGUCCUCCGUCUCCUCUCCUCUUUGAUCCUACUGUUGACAUGGCUUUGAAUGAUGUUUCAAAAACACCAUUUGAAAUACUUGAUGAUGCUGAGCAGACCCCUGUAAAUGAAACUCUUCUGACAGCAGACUCCUUGGUGGGAUCUGUGGGACAGAAUCAAGUCCAGUCAGCAAGGACAUCGCCACAACUCGAACAGAUUAAUGAUGAUGUGUUGACACAAACACCAUCAACGGCCAAUGGAAAUGCAGAUGGUGCCCCUCAACUGACUUUUGCUAAAGAAAGUUAAUGUUCUUUUUGUCUACAUAACUUGACACUCACUCUCAUUUUUAAAGGGGUACUUCGGUGGAAAAAAAGUUUUUUUGUUUUUAUCAACUGGUGCCAGAAAGUUAUACAGGCUUGUAAAUUACUUCUAAUUAAAAAUCUUAAUCAUUCCAGUCCUUAUCAGCUGCUGUAUACUACAAAGGAAGUUGUAUAGUUAUUUUCUGUCUGACCCCAUGCUCUCUGCUGACACCUCUGUUCGCGUCAGGAACUGUCCAUAGCAGGAGCAAAUCCCCAUAGCAAACCUAUCCUGCUCUGGACAGUUCCUGACACGGCCAGAGGUGUCAGCAGAGAGCCCUGUGGUCAGACGGAAAAGAACUUCCUGUGGAGCAUACAGCAGCUAAGUGCAGAAAGGAUAAAGAUCUUUAAAUAGAAGUAAUUUACAAAUCUUUUUAACUUUCUGGCAUCAGGUGAUUUAAACAUUUUUUUUUUUUUUUUUUUUUUUUUUUUUUUAUAAUUUUCCAGAGUACCCCUUUUAAAACUAAAAUAUUUUCCCUAAAUAUUGCUCUUACCAAAAUGCUUUUUUAUGUACAGACUGUUGUGAAGGCAUUAACAUUAUAAAAUUGAAUACUUUUCUAAAUGUAAAAGUAUUUGCAAAUUAAAACAGUUUGAAAACUGUUUCUAUGUCUUAAAACAAAUUGUACCACUUCUGAAUUCUUCUGAAUAAGUAUACAGUGUAUUUUCAUUUGGACACAUAUUUACACACACUUCAGAGGGUUUUCAUAUAAAUCUGAGGCAUGGAGCCAAAUGGACUUCUGUGCUUUUUGAAGCCCUUUUGACCCCUGUUUACUUUGUAAUAACAAUGACACCUUUGCCACCUGAGGGCUUGUUUUUUGCACCACCAAUUGUACUUUGACAUUACUCAUUUUACCCCCAAUCUACUAUGAAUACAAAAUUAUUUUGGGGCAAAAUUGAAGGGAAAUAAAAGCACUGCCAUUUAGCAAUAUUUGG